UCUCUCGAACACACUAUGAGAGCUCUCACAUUUGAAUCCGCUCCCCGGAAUUUGGGGAUUAGGGUUUCAAUUUUGCGUUCCUCGACGAUCCCCCAAUGUCUCCCUCCCUCGCCCUCUCCACCUCGUCGCCCCAGAACCUCUUCGAUUCCCACCAUCGGCGCCUCAAUUCGAAGAGAACUCAUCUCGCUGGGCGUAAGUUAGGGAUUUUGAGGAGGAAUUUGGUGUCGAAAGGGAUCGCUCUCUCGGUUUUUUGUUCGUUGUUAACUGCUAAUCCAGUUCGAGGAAUGGAAAGGUUACCUUUUAAACCAGAGGGAUAUAAUUUUUGGACGUGGAGAGGUCGCAAGAUACAUUAUGUGGAGCAAGGAAGUGGUCAACCUAUUGUUCUUAUACAUGGAUUUGGUGCUUCAGCUUUUCAUUGGAGGUACAAUAUACCAGAGCUGGCUCAGAAUUAUAAGGUAUAUGCUGUCGACUUGCUAGGUUUUGGAUGGAGCGAGAAAGCUAUUAUCGAGUAUGAAGCAACAGUGUGGAUGGAGCAGGUUUCUGAUUUUCUCGAAGAAAUUGUAAAAGAGCCAGCUAUCUUAGUCGGAAACAGUCUUGGGGGAUUCACGGCGUUAUUAACCGCCGCGAAGCUGCCUCAGCAAGUUUGCGGACUUGUCUUACUUAACUCCGCGGGACAAUUCGGAGAUCCAAACAGACAACCAAAUACGAAUGAGGAAGAGUCGGCGAUAAAGAAAUUUGUAGUCAAUCCGCUGAAGGACGUUUUUCAGCGGAUCGUUCUAGGGUUUCUGUUCUGGCAAGCCAAGCAACCUGCUCGCAUAGAAAAAGUUCUAAAAAGUGUGUAUAUCGAUCCCUCCAAUGUCGACGACUAUCUCGUGAAAUCGAUUACGACGCCAACAGUAGACCCAAAUUCAGGAGAAGUUUAUUACAGAUUGAUGACGAGGUUUAUGUCGAACCAGAGCAAGUACACGCUCGACGGCCUGCUAAGCAAGCUCUCAUGCCCCCUGCUGCUGCUGUGGGGCGACUUAGACCCGUGGGUCGGCCCCGCGAAGGCCGCGAGGAUCAAGGAGUUCUAUCCGAACACCACCGUCGUCAGCCUGCAGGCCGGGCAUUGCCCGCACGACGAAGUUCCCGAGCUCGUCAAUCGGGCUUUGCUGGAUUGGUUGUCUUCUUUGGAACUCAGAAAAGAAGAGCCUUCAAGCAUUACAGCCUAAGUCUAGUUCCCUUGUUUGUUUAGUUCAUGCUAAUUUCUGUUUGGUAAAUACGAACAGAUCAUACCUGAAGUAUGAACUAUUUUGAAUUUACUAUCGACGUUUCAAAAUUUUGAUUUUGCUAUCCAAUGUUUCAAUUUGUUUGAUUUAAGUUGGUCAACGACUUAACGGCAUUUUAACUUUAAAAGUUAAUGAACUUUAUUACUUUAAUGAAUUUAUAGUUGCGAGAAUUAUAUGAAGCAUACUAACUAAAUGAGAUGUCCAAAUUUUGAAGUCAAAAUGUUGUUGACUGAUUCAAAUCAAAUAAAUUGAAAAAUUGGAUAGUAAAAUCAAAAAUUUGAGAGGUUGGGCAGUCAAUUCAAAAUGGUUCGUAGUUCAAGUAAGUUAUGUUCAUUUUUACCCUUUUUUUUUGUGAUUAUUAUAAAGAAUAUGCAUAGUAUUUAAUGAUUCAGUAUUUGUGUGUACACAUUACAUACAAAUUUAUUUAUGCAUCAGAUGAUGAAAUUUAUUAUAUUUUAAAGUUGAA